CGAAAGACUUCCGUUCACGAAGCAAGGUCGCGUUCAGUGAGCCGACGCAUGAAGCCCCUGAGGUUGACGACAAUGCCAUAGUGAGCUAUGGGGAACAGGCAUUUUGCGAUCAUCAAGGUCUUGAAGACCAGAUUGUCGUGCGGCGCAAAGUCUCUCAGCAAGCAAGGACAUAUAUUGCAGGUCAUUGUGCCAUUUUGCCGUCUUCUUGGACCAAUUGGCCUAUUUGGGAGAACAGAGCUUGACAAGAAAAGAGCGGGCAAGCUGCUUAAGCGAAAACGACGCUUACGAGAGCAGAAGCACUCUUUAUGGAUAGCUGAGGGCUAUCGAAUCCAGUAUAGAUAGCUUCUAGAUUUGAUUAUGAGCGGAUGUUGGCC